CAUCGAAAAUAAUAUCAGUAAAAACAUAGGUAUCUUUUUUAUUCCAUGGCAUUUUAAUGACUUUGUAUUAAAUAUCUAAUACUGGUAUUAAUUUAUAAGAAUAAUGUUUAUCAUCAAACGCGAUAUUCCGAUUUGUCAUGUUUCUGUUUUUACGUAGGUGAAACGAAUUGAAUUUUCCGCUUCUUCUUGUCUGAAAAACUGAAAUGAAAUCCAAGGUCCUUCCUCACCUCUCUCUCUCUUUUUCUAUUACUUACGUCAGAAGAUGUUGUUAUUCAUCAUUUUCAGUGUUUCUUGGUUCAAUUGCAUUUCUGGUGACUGGAAAGAAUAAGAACAAACGGAUUUUAGUCCGUUUUGGACACAAAGGAACAUCCAGAUACGUAUCAUACUGUUUCACCAAGCUCAAGCCAUAAUCAAUUCGAUUAGUCGAGAGAAUUCUGCUUACGGUUGUUCGUGUAAAUUAAAUACUAUAGUGCAAGAAAGCAGUUUGAAGAUUUCGAGUUUUGACUGUGCUUCACUGUUGAUCUGCCAAUAUCGCACUAACAAAUUACAGAUGAAUGAUUUCUCACUGCAUUAUUAGUCUACUUCUGGAAUUUGAAGAAGGUUAUUGUAUCCUAGCAUCAACAUUGAGAGGAAAACAAAUGUCCCUGUGUAUCGCAUUCUAUAAUCAUUCUCUCUUGCUCUGUUCUGUUUCUUUGGAAAUAAAGUACGUGACAGCGAUCUAGCACAACAUGCACGAUGACUAUUGUUCUUAUGCUGCACGAUAAUAGAAAGAAAGGAAAAAGAAGCAAAAACAAAUCCUUCCCAAUCCGGGAAUCGAACCCGGGCCGCCGCCGUGAAAGGGCGGAAUCCUAACCACUAGACCAAUUGGGACAUGAGUAUUCUUCUGACAGAACCGCAAGGGGAACACAGCGUACUUUGUACUUUUAGUUAAUUUGGCUACUAUAAAGUGCUUUGAGCUACUUUAAAGUACUUUUCUGUAAUUUCAAAGUACUUUAGCGUAAUUUUAAUGUACUUCGGCGUAUUUGAAGUACGCUGUUUCCCCCUUGCAGAACCGUCUCAUCGGUCCAUACAUUCUCUUCGAAAGAAAGUAUAUUUAUCGUUUAUCAUCAAAUAAUUUUAAAAAAUUAAUAAUUUGACGUAAUUUGUUUGGUAAAUGUCGCUUAUCUUCGGUUUUAUUUUCAUUUGCAUUUAAUCAUACCAAUCUAUAAAGUUCUAAGUUUUUUAUUUCGUCUAAUUCGUAAUCAUCGUAUAUUGUUGCUGGUGAUGUUUGUUGUUGCUGAUCAUGAUGGAUUGUUGCUCUGAUGUUUGUUAUUGUAGAUAAUAAUUUAAAUUAAAACAGUUUUAUGUAUGGCACUUAUACGAUAGAAUACGUUUGAAAGCAUGAGAUUCUUAGCUACAAACACUUUUCACUAUUUACUGACAAAAUGCGCUGAAGCAUGUGUAACAAGAGCUCUUUCAUAUAUAUAUGUGUAUGUGUCAUAUCACGUUUACGAUCCAGAUGACACAAAAUGUUAUACGCUUUUUUUAAAGUUGUAUGACGUCACCGUUCAAAUGAUACACUCUUAUUUAAUGGUAGAGUCGAAAUUUUUCUCUAUGUUCGUGUCUUUAUUGAAAAAGAAACUAUCGGUAGAAGAGAAAUUGAGAUGAUCCUAUCAGUUACGACAUAUUUUUAUCAGUUUAUACAAAUACAACUAAGAAGAUAGCAAUUUAUACACUUUAGCAUAUGGUAAUUUAUUCAAAUAUAUCAUACCUGUAUUUCUUGUUUUUCAGAAAAGCCCGCAUUUUCUUCAUCUUUCUGCUAUGUUUAUAUUCUCCUAGACAAAAAUGUUCUACCUUAAUUUCAAUAGAGGAACUUAAACUUUUUACUAUAGAAGAAAUUAGUUUCUUCUAAACUAAAAAAGGGAGAAGAAAGAAAAUACUAUACUGAUUAUUCAGCAUCCAGUAAAAUAUCCAGCAAUUGUUACGAUCAUCAUAGUCUUACUUUUUACAAGAGGCUAAAAUUACAGAAAGUAGUAGACGUAGAUAAUACAUUGAAGAAUAAACAUCGAUCAAUCCUUUGUUAUACUUUGUUUUCGAGUACGCCCGCCCCCGUUUCAGCGUUGACAGUCAAUUAAUAUGAGACGAUGGACGUUUUGGCUCGUUUCACUAGAUUUUAACUUUUUUCUUUUUGUAAAACGAUGAAUAUUGGCAUACGGAAUAAGAGAGUAAUUCCACAAAUGGUUCAGUCUUUCAAAUUUGCGUGUCAGAUUCUACCGGAAUUAAUUGAAAUAAUAGAGGAAUUAGAAUAAGCACAAUAUCGCAUCAUCCAGUUAACAUCAAUAUUUUGCUUUUACUCAACUAGUUGUGAUCUGCACCGCAAAACACAAGAUAUCGACCAACUUUUCAUCCUCUUAAAUGACUAAGUCAUAAGCUUUAUAAAAUUAUUUAUAACUUCUUUGAGGUGUUUGGACUCAAUGCUAGAUUUUUCAUCCUCUUCGUGUUUUCUUCAUUAUUUUUCAAUGGAACCUUCAAUUUGGAGAACUUCAGUUAAAUGAACACUCAGUUCACACACUCACAUCAUUCUGUUCAAAGUUUUCUUUCAUAUGCUGGAUUCGCGGAAAAGUUUCAUCUUUGAGAUCUGUAUGACAAAAAUGUCGAUCCUCCAAAAGCAGAGCGUGGAGAUGUCCGUUGACCACUUUUUGCAUAAAUAGUCUUUAUAACAUGGUCCAGUUGUCUCAGAAACGUCUCUACUCGACGCUUUCUUCAUCCGACUACCACGCUGUUUUGAAUGAAACAGAUCUCAACAUUUGCAGAGAAACUCCCUGUAAUUGUCGCGAAUAUUACAUGCAUCAAUGAGAGAACAUUUUUCCAUCAAACAUAAUGAACUAAUACAUGACUUUGUUAUUGUUUAGCAUGUCAAUCAGGAACGGGAGUAACGAAGUCCAAUAUAGGUAACUAAGUUUCUUCUAUUAUAUGCCGGUCUGACGAGAGAGUGAUCAAAUAGUAGCUGCAUGUGAUCAAGUGUUUUCAGAAAACGAAAAAUUAUUUUCUGAAGAAUGUCUGAGAAAAGACCUAGACUAACAGUUUUUGGCGAAGUGUUUUGAUUCAGCAAAUAUUUGUCACUCAUAAACGUUUAACAUCCAUGUAGGUGCCGGUGUUUCUGGUCAGACAAAACCUGCAGCACCUAAACCGGGUGGGGUUGACAAUGUUUCUGGUCAUACAAAACAGCCAAGACCAGGCGCCGUCACGCAACCUCCUACUGUCGCCACGAAUCAAGCUGGUAAUCCUGUUACUGUUGCUACUGAUCAAGCUGGUAAUCCUGUUACUGUUGCUACUGAUCAAGCUGGUAAUCCUGUUACUGUCGCUACCGAUCAAGCUGGUAAUCCUGUUACUGUUGCUACUGAUCAAGCCGGUAAUCCUGUUACUGUCGCUACCGAUCAAGCUGGUAAUCCUAUUACUAUGGUUACCGACAAAGCUGGUAAUCCUGUUACUAUCGCUAUUGAUAAAUCUGGUAAUCCUGUUACUGUCGCUACGAAUCAAGCUGGCAAUCCUGCUACUGUUGCUACUGAUCAAGCUGGUAAUCUUAUUACUAUGGUUACCGGUCAAGCCGGUAAUCCCGUUACUGUCGCUGCUGACCAAGCUGAUAAUCCUGUUACUGUCGUUACGAGUCAAGCUGGUAAUCCUGUUACUGUCGCUACUGAUCAAGCUGGUAAUCCUGUUACUGUCGUUACGAGUCAAGCUGGUAAUCCUGUUACUGUCGUUACGAAUCAAGCUGGUAAUCCUGUUACUGUCGCUACGAAUCAAGCUGGUAAUCCUGUUUCCAGCGCACCAGUGACUACUGGCGCAUCUGGCGGUAAGAUCAAUUAUAAUAAUGCUUUUCAUAUUUAA